AUGUCGAAACCACAAGCACGAGCCUUGGGUUUCGACCGCGAAUUUGCUGCUGCUGUCGCUGGAGUAGGAGAACUAGCUGCAGCUUUUCCAGAACUACCUGUUGGCGAUGUUGAUGGCAGACGAACAGCAUUCGACGAGAUCAUGACGAAGAUGAAAGCGAUGAUGCCACCACAGCAGGUGCCAGGCCUCACGAAGCGCGAGCACAAAGUCACGGUUGCCGAUGGCUCAACAAUAUCACUCUUCGAGUUUCGACCUAGUAAGGUGCCUGUCUCGCCAUCUCCAGCUAUAUAUCAUGUACAUGGUGGAGGGAUGAUCCUCGGAUCUGUAGAGAUGUUUGAAGCUAGUGCUGCUCUGAAGGCUGAAGAGUACGGACUGCCAUUCUUCUCCAUCAACUAUCGCCUUGCGCCUGAGCAUCCGCAUCCAACGCCAGUACAUGAUACAUACUCGGGACUCACAUGGUUGCACUCUCAUGCCUCCGAGCUAGGCAUCGCCAGUAGUCGCAUCCUGGUAAUCGGCGACAGCGCUGGAGGCGGUAUCGCCGGCGGCAUGGUCCUCAUGGCUCGCGACAAGCAAUUAGACCCACCCAUCGCCCUCCAGAUGCUGAUCUAUCCUAUGCUCGACGAUAGGAACAUUCAACCACACCCGGAUAUCGACCCAUUCACAAUGUGGAAGACAGCCGACAACGAAACAGGUUGGCGAGCACUCUUGGGCUCCGCCGCCGCGCAGGAGGCGAGCGUUGACGGGCACGAGUAUGCUGCUCCUGCUCGAGCAAACAAUCUGGCCGGCCUUCCACCUACAUACAUAGAUGUAGGACAACUGGAUCUGUUCGCCAAAGAGGAUCUACAGUAUGCCGCGCGGCUUGCGGAUGCAGGUGUGGCUGUCGAGUUUCACCUGUAUCCAGGUCUACCUCAUGCUUUUGAAGGAAUGGGAGCGACCACCAGCAUCGUGAAAAGCGCGGUGGCUAACAGGAAGCGUGUUGUAGAAGACUUCAAGCUGGGUGAGAUGCAAGAAUCCACGCAGUAG